GAAUGUUUUCUGCUCGGGAUUAACUUAGCUUUUCGAGAAAAACCUUGCAACACUAUUCAAUCGGCUGUUAAAAACCUUUUAGAUAUGCCACAUAAUACUGUGGGGAUAAUGAAUUUUCAUCCUCUCUUUUCAAUUCUGACUAUGAAUUAAUAAGAACAAAGGAAAAAUAUAAAUAGAAGUGUGAAUAAAUAGACAUGAAGAAAAAUCAAUUAAAUUCUGAUCAUCUAGAUUUAGAAUUGAGAGCUGAGGUAUCAUUUACUUUUCUAAAUAGAAACUAAAAUAGGGAGAGAAUGAAGUAAAGUGUAUGGCUGAACUUCUCAAGAGAAAACUCAAACAAAUCAAAUUACAAGAAUAAUAAGUUAAAGAAAAUCAAAAUUCUUUUGUUGAUAAGCUAAAGGAUAAAGAAUUAACUUUAAAUGAAUAGCAAAAACUAAUCUAAGAAAAACAUGAUCAAUUAGACAUAAGAGAGUAAUAGCUUAAAAUUCAAGAAUAAAGUCUUGCUGAAAAAGAAUCUCUCUUAAAAGAAUAAAUUAAUUAUUAUACUUAAUUUAAUGAACGUCUUAAAGUAAAUUCAGAAGAAAUGAAUAAAAAAGAAUGUAUCUAUUAACACUAUAAUUUAGAAUUUUAUAUCCAUUAAAUUAAUAAGAUGAAUUAAACAGUUGAAAAUUUAUUAUACCAUGAAAAUCAUAUCAGAGAUUUAGAAUUUAAACUAACUCAGUAAAUAUAAGGUUUAAAGGAUUUUGAUAAUUAAAUUCGGUAAUAAUAAACGUUUAUAAUAGAAUUUAGGUACUGAAUUGUAUAUAACAGGAAGAGUUAAUUGAAUAAAAAGAAUAAGGCAUUCUAAAGAGUUAAGAAUUGAUCAAUCGGAAAUUACUUUGGGAUUAAAAAAAUAUUACUAGAUAACAUCUAUAAUAAAUCUCAAAUUACAUGAGUGAUUAAAAAUACUAUUGA